AUGUUUCAAGUUCUUACCAUAGCUGGUGGCCACCAAAGACUUCAUGUUGGUCGUCCCAAACAUGGCGAAGGAGAUGCAAAGAAGGACAACGUCAGCUCCCAUCUAUCACAGAUACCUGCGAAAAAACCCGGCUUCCUGCAUCUGCCAGGAGAACUUCGUAACGUCAUCUACGAACUCGUAACCGCCACACAUACCAUCAGAGUUAUCUCCAAAGAGAAGAAGCAAGGUCCAGGGUUGGUAGGGAGACAUCCGCUCUCGCUGGCUUGCCGGCAGACCAGGAAGGAGUUUCGCGGCAUCUUCGCCGCUCAUGCUUCGUACCUCUCAUGCAACGGGCCGCUCAACACCGCUGUCUACGACUUCCACUUUGGGCCUCUCCUCGACUUUCUCGGGAAACACCCAGCUCCAGAUCCCUCUCUCGUGCGUACACAGUGGGUUCAGCACGUCUCAUACGCUGAUGGACUGCGCUUCAAGGUCAACAAGCGGACGUACGAGAUCAACUACACAGUUGUCGCACCGAGAUCUUACCAUGAAGUCAACGGAAAGUGUUGCUUUCAGCUCGUGCAGCAAAUGUCUGUCGCGCCCAUCUACCUUCGUGGCAAGCCGAAGGGGCACAGGCGCGCACUGGAGGGGCUCAAAGAUGCAAUCAUGCUGGAUCACAACAACUGCAUGGCGUCUCGCCGAGACGAGUCGAAACCGGCUCGUAAGCCCAUGAAUCCCAAGAAGGCGUAA